AUGUCAGAUAUUGGUGACGACCUUGACUUCCAGUCUGACAUGUCCACAGUCAGUGUACAGUAUACAGGGUUUGAGAGCCACCUACAUGGUGUUAUGGCAUAUGAAUGGGCUGUUGGUACUACACAGGGAGGGAAGAAAGUCCAGCCAUUCAUGCCACAUGGAGUCAUCCAUAAUGAAGAGAAGGAUGUGAAAGGAGAUGGUAAGAUUAGGUGUAAUACAGUCCUGCUGUAUACACCUUGUAAAGAUUGUUAUGGAGUGGAAUCUAUCCCUAUCAUACUACAGGAGAACCAAUCAGAUCCAGACAUUCCACCAGCUGACACACCAGUCACAGUGACCAUCAAUGUUAUAGAUGUUAACAACCCUCCAGUGAUGUUUGUUACACAGUUUGGUUGGUCUGUCAUGCAUUCAGAUCCUACUGAACCCAUUCUGAUAUAUCUGGAACAGAUGAAUACAUUCAACAAAGAGAAUUGGUCGGAGCAGUUUACAGCACUGAUUGGUGCCUAUGAUAUUGAUAGAAGUGAUAGUCUCCAUAUAGAAGUCAAUGAGCCAUCACAUGGUAACCACACUCUGACUGAGAAAUCUACCUUACCUUUUGAUGUACAGCCAUGUACAGAAAGUCCACAGGUGAACAGCCUACCUUGUGGUAACUUUAGCCAUACAUUACCUUAUGCUGGGAAGAAUAUGUCAUGGAUUUAUUACAGCCUCAGUUAUGACCAAGCUAUGUUGUUUUCUGGUUAUGACGAACUCAAAAUAUAUAUCAACGAUACCCAUAAUGCUACAUCAAAUGUUGUUACCAUGAGAUUUAUCAUUAUGGAGUCACUUUGCAAUAAUGAAGGAAUUUGUGAAGGUAAUGAUAUUUAUAGAUGA